AUGUCUGCUCCUGAAGCAUCUACAUCCACCGCAAAGCCCGUCGUCAUGUUCAAAAAGGGCCCCCGUUCACGGCCAAACCAGUCCCGCAAGCGCUCAGCCACCCCACCCGUCGACGACGAAGGGAGCGCUGCCGCCGAGGAAGCAACCGCAAUCGUCCGCCCAAACAAGAAGUCGAUCGCCAACCCGCUCGUCCAAGGCUCCAAGAGGCGACGGGGUGAGAACGAGGGCAGCGGCGCGGGUGGUGGACUCGACGAGUUUGACUACAAGGCCGACGAGGGCGCAAUGUCGCGUGCCGACGACUUUGCGACCCGUGAUGCCAACUGGGACCUCCAAGGGGUCGAGAAGAAGGACGAGCACAAGCGAAUCAAGAUUGACGAGGACGGUAACAUUGAUGAUGGCAUGUACCAUGGUCAAGCCGGCUACCUCAAGACCCUCAACACUCGUGGUGGUUCGCAGAGCGAUGCCAAGAUGAAGACGGGUCCCAUCCGCGCCACCGCCAACAUUCGCACCAUCACCCUCGUCGACUACCAACCCGACGUGUGUAAGCCAUACAAGGACACUGGUUUCUGUGGCUAUGGCGACUCGUGCAAGUUUAUGCACGACCGUGGCGACUAUCUCGCUGGCUGGCAACUCGACCAGCUGGACCCCAACGACGACCAGGUCAAAGAGGUGGAAGAGGAGGAGGAGAUGCUCCCCUUUGCCUGCCUCAUCUGCAAGAAGGAGUUUAACGAGCCUGUCGUCACAAAGUGCGGUCACUACUUUUGCAUGAAGUGCGCCGUCGACCGCUUCAUCAAGUCGCCAAAGUGCUACGCCUGCGGUGCCGCUACCAACGGUAUCUUCAACAAGGCCGAAAAGCUCCUUGCCAAGCUCGAGGCCAAGCAGAAGCGCCGCAUGGAAGAAAAGGGUCUCGUCGAGGUCAGCGAUGACGAGGGUAUCGAGAUUGGUGGAGGAGGUGACAGCGACGACGAAGGCGAGGAUGCCGCCAGCGAUGCUGGCGAUGACCAGGACGACAGCCGCCACGAGGGCUGGCAGGUGCCAGAAUAG